AUGGAAGAUGAGUUCACGCAGCUGCAGGCGAUCCUGGCGGGGCUUCCCAUGCACGCCGUGCCCUCCAGCUCCUCAAGAAGUUGCGGACCUGAGGCAUGGAUGCAGUGCGGCGGGAAGCGCAGACCUGGCCCUUGUCAGGAGGCCAAUGAGAAGUCUCCUUCUGCGGCCCAUCGCGUUGAGGCCAUGCUGGCAGCGGUCGCUGCAGACUACCCGGCCCACGAGGAAGUCCUCCGGCGCCUUAGUGUCGAAGCAGCCAGCCUUGAUCUUGUUUGCUUCGCAGACCAUGCAGCCGCCCAGCUGUUUGUGGCCGUCCGGGGUACGCAUCGAAACAUGAACCUCCUCACCACCCCGGAUGACCUCCGCAGCAACAUGCACAUCAUCCUGGGAUGCGGUCCAGCUCGUGCCGAGCCAGCCUUGUCCGAGUAUCGCGCUCUCCGGCGGCGCUUUCCUCACUAUGAUGCAUUCGGAUGUGGUCACUCACUGGGCGGAGCCGUGAUCCUCCACGUGGCAAAAGCUGUGGAGAAGGAGGCCGAGUUCGCUUUCAGGAGGGUGGACGUCUUCAACACGGCCACAUCCCCCUUGCCCGUCGCCACCCCAGCACCAUUGGCUGCGACGGAGCUCCACGUGCACCGGGUCACCGGGGAUUGGGCCUCCUGGGGGCUUCGCUUCUAUGAUCCGGGUUCGGGAAAGGUCCACACGCGCAAUGCCAAGACCUCCAUCCCGGAUCCCCAUUCCUUGCGGCACUUCCUGCCGGACAAGGAUGCAGAGGCAGACUCCGAGGCUUCAACAGCGACCUCGAGCACUGAUCGGCAAGCACUAAUGGACACCAUGGACGCUCAGGCUCCCGUGGCUCCCGCGGCUGUGCGCCCAAUGUCCUGGGAGGCCGCCUUCAUGAACUUUGCCAGCUGUGUUGGGAUGCAUCGGAAGAGACUGCUACCACUUCCGCAAAGGCAGACAGCCUCCGAGAGCGAGCUCGAAAGGCAGAAGCAGUCCAGUGUCGAUGCCACCCUCAAUAUCGACCAAGUUGGCACGGAAACUCGGUCAUCCCAGGGUCCUGCCUGA